CGGCGGUGUGUAAUCCUCGCACACGAGCCAGUCGGUGUAUUACCAGUUGUCUCUGUGGGACUCGGAGGAAGAAGGAGGAAGGCUUAACGUUAGGGAAACGCGCUCGGUGCUCUUUGUGCGUCUGUCAGUGUGCCGUGCGCUCAGUCUGGGGAGCGCUGCCCGCGUGAGCCGCCGCUGCCACGGAUGUGCGCCCGAGAGUGAAGGAGCUGCCAUUGAUUGCACCGGGCCUGGGCUGGGACAGGACAAGAUGAGCGAGCGUUUUGAUUGCGACAACUGCAAGGAAUCCCUGUAUGGCCGCAAGUACAUCCAGGCCGAGGAUCAACCGUACUGCAUCCCCUGCUACGACAGCCUGUUUGCCAACACCUGUGAUGAGUGCAAGGAGCUGAUUGGUCAUGACUCGAGGGAACUGUUCUAUGAGGAGCGGCACUAUCACGAGCACUGCUUCCGCUGUUUCCGGUGCGACCGCUCACUGGCUGACGAGCCCUUCACGAGCCAGGAUGAUGCCCUGCUAUGCAAUGACUGUUACUGCAACGAGUUCUCCUCCAAGUGCGUGGCCUGUGACAAAACUGUCAUGCCAGGUACAAGGAAGCUUGAGUAUGCAGGCAACACAUGGCAUGAAGCCUGCUUCAUCUGCAACAGCUGCAAGCAGCCCAUCGGCUCCAAAUCCUUCAUUCCGGAUAAGGAUGAGCACUACUGCGUGCCCUGCUAUGAGAACAAAUUUGCCCCACGCUGUACCCGCUGCAAACAGGUGCUGGCCAAAGGGGGUGUGACCUACCGGGAUGAGCCCUGGCACAAGGAGUGCUUCGUGUGCACGGGAUGCAAGGUGCAGCUGGCUGGCCAGCAUUUCACAUCACGCGAAGACAGUCCCUAUUGCCUCAAGUGCUUCGGCAACCUCUAUGCCAAGAAGUGCGAGUCCUGCAGGAAGCCCAUCACAGGUUUUGGUGGAGGCAAGUAUAUCUCUUUUGAGGAGCGCCAGUGGCAUCAGUCCUGCUUCACCUGCUCACGCUGCUCCAUCUCACUGGUGGGCGCUGGCUUCUUCCCUGACAGGGACCAGAUCCUCUGUCGUGACUGCAACAAUAACCUAUAAACCCCUCUCUCCUGUACUCAACAUCGUAACCCCGGACUACACUCCCACAUCAGUCCACUGGUCAUUUGAGUGUCACCUUGCUGUCCCGAGGGGCGCAUUUGUACAUUGUUUGCUUUGUGCCUUGGUGGCAGAAAAUGUUAAGUGAAACCGUAAUAUCUAUGAUUAGCAAGAAAAAAAACCAAAGUUAACUUUUGUUCAAGGUCUGUCAAUUUGUUGUGAAACAGUGCUGAAAAAAUAAAACUGCUUUUCAUUUUCAAAGUGUAUUCCUCUCAAUUAGACAGUGUGAGCCAGAAAAGAGGUCAAAAAUAUUGAAGAUUAAAGGCAUUUAUUGGCACACCCUAUCCUUUCAGCUGACAUGUAAUUACAGUUCGAUCUUAGCUUUCAGAAGUGCUGUAAUUCGAAGUCUGCCCAGCACCCGUGAUAUAUCUACCUAUUGAGAACCCAGUCUCAUUAAAACUAAGUCUACCAUCAUGCUCUUAAAGCGCAGUCUUUUGCUCUUAAAAUGCAGGUCCUGUUUUUUUGCAGUAAGCUUUCUCGGUUGUAACUGUUAAUGAGUUCCAGCUUCAGUAAGCUCUGCAUAAAUUGGCAGUUAGGAAGUCAGUCUGAGUGUAUAACACAGGCCCAGAGCACAUGGAAACUUUAACCCUCCUUCUAACAAACACAGCAGCCAUGUACUUGCGGCUCGUUCGCUUUGGUCAGUUCUGUCUCUCAUCUGGCAGCCAUUAAGGCCAUGCUGGAAUUUGCCAUCUGUGGAUGGGUCAGCAUUUGAUCUGCCGCUUCCAUCUGGACCUUGGAUCCAAACAAACCGAAAGCUAGGCCCAACACCCCACUGGUAAUCCAGACUCAACAACAGCAAACUGGGCAUCUUGGGUGCUACUCAGCAAUGGCCAACCAGAAAGCUACAGCCUGCCUAAUAAAGGGAACCCAGUUUCCAGGAUUUCUGGGCAGCUGCCAUGCCUCCUCCAUCCAGUGCUGUGCUCACACUUAUCCCACACAUUUAUGUAAACUUGAUCUUACUGCACAACUCUGAUGUUACAGGCAAUAAUUUGAGUGCACAAUUAAGAGUGUAGAGACCACCCCUCUUAAACAUACUGUAGAUAGUCAUUGUUUGCUUGAAAAAACACACUGAUGUGUAUACCAAUGCAUUCUGCUGUUGCCAAAUUUGUUGUACAUGAUUUUGUGUGAACAGCUCACCACCAAAGGGUCUUAAUGACGCUCAGAUAUGUAGUCUUAAACGAUUUUAUACCUAUGAAGUUUUGUACACAUUCAAAGUGGUCAGAAAGAAUGAUGAAGCUGUGAUGUCACAGCUUUUUUGUAUAUGAAAUAUCUUUGCCAUGUUGUUUCAGACUUUUUUUGUGGUCAUCACCAGCAGGUCAUAUUUUUAGAGAAUUUAAGAAAAUGAGAAAAAAUGACAGAGAAUGGAAAAAGUACUUAAUGCUUUUGAUUGUGCUGUUUAAUCUUGGUAGUUUCAUAACAACAUGCAAACUGGAGGUAUUGUGUUCCUCUUUGAUCGUAUGAAUGCAAUAUACUGUACCUUGCACCAUGUCAUAAAAUAGUUCUUGAAACAAAAGCCAAGCAUGUGCAAAAGUACACUGCAACCUAUCGUUAUGCCUCACGCAUCAUUUUAACCACUAAUUAUCCUAUUACUGCUACCUUGACCUUGACUAAUCUGCAAAUUGAAUAAAAGAGCUCAUCAUAAGGCUUUGUUGUCUUUUAUGUUUUGUAUAUCAUUGUUUCUCAAAGUAGUUUUGCCAAUAUAGCCAUUAUUAUGUGUUAAGAGUGAAUGGGCUAGCCCCAAAGAAAUAUUGCUGCAAUGACAUAAAUGGAAUGCAUGUUGUUGUUGUU